UUUUUUUUUCUGUUUUCCUCAUUUCUCCGAAAGGCUGGAGCAUUUUGUGGAUUGUCCGGCGAACGCCUGUUGUGACUGUGGCACCACGGAGUCGUCGGAGUGACAAACUGGACGGCGGGUGUUCAGAGGAGUCCGCGAUCAUGAUGGCGUGUUGCAUUAGCGAAGAAGCGAAAGAACAGAGAAGAAUCAACCAAGAGAUCGAGCGACAACUACGAAAGGAUAAGCGUGAUGCCCGGCGGGAGCUCAAGCUCUUGCUACUCGGCACAGGCGAGUCUGGAAAAAGCACCUUCAUCAAGCAGAUGCGAAUUAUUCAUGGUCAUGGCUAUAAUGAUGAAGACAAGAAGGGCUUCAUCAAGCUUGUCUAUCAAAACAUUUUUAUGGCCAUGCAAAGCAUGAUCAAGGCAAGGGAAAUGCUGAAGAUUCCUUUCCGUUCUCCAGAAAACCAGGAGAAUGCGAAUUUGGUAAUGUCUGUAGACUACGAAACAGUCACGACCUUUGAGAAGCCCUACGUGGAUGCGAUCAAGCAGCUUUGGGGUGAUGAUGGCAUCCAGGAGUGCUACGAUAGGCGUCGCGAGUACCAGCUGACAGAUUCUGCCAAAUACUACCUUACAGAUGUGGACAGAAUAGCUGCCCCAAACUACCUUCCUACGCAACAAGACAUCCUUCGGGUACGAGUGCCCACAACGGGCAUUAUCGAGUACCCAUUUGACUUGGACUCCAUCAUUUUCAGAAUGGUGGAUGUUGGUGGCCAGCGGUCUGAGCGGAGGAAAUGGAUACACUGUUUUGAGAAUGUCACGUCUAUUAUAUUCCUAGUAGCCUUAAGUGAAUACGACCAGAUCCUAUUCGAGUCCGACAAUGAGAAUCGAAUGGAGGAGAGCAAAGCUUUGUUCAAGACCAUCAUCACAUAUCCCUGGUUCCAAAACUCGUCUGUUAUUCUAUUUCUAAACAAGAAGGACUUACUAGAAGAAAAAAUUAUGUAUUCUCAUUUAGUGGACUAUUUUCCGGAAUAUGAUGGACCAAAGAAAGAUGCCAUUCAUGCUAGGGAGUUCAUCCUUAAAAUGUUUGUGGACCUCAACCCGGACAGUGAAAAAAUCAUCUAUUCUCAUUUCACGUGUGCAACAGACACGGAGAACAUCCGAUUUGUGUUCGCCGCCGUAAAGGACACCAUCCUGCAGCUGAACUUGAAGGAGUACAACCUAGUGUAGGAACUGCCUGAAGCUGACCACAGGUAUUCCCAAGCCCACCCCAGGCGGCAGGUUGUCUUCUCCUCUCUCUCUGCCCCUUCUCGCAUCUUGCUCCCUCUCGACCGGCUUGCAAGAGAGAGAGAACAUCGCAAGCUCGGUGGUGACAACCGCUUGCCGCGACAAACUGAUGGAGGCGACGUUCCCCCCUGCUUCCUCCUACGGAGGUGACACAAUGCCAAGACGAACGCCACUGUGGAUAGUUUGCUGGCGCACAUAUGGACAACACACAUGCUUGCUUUUCCACGAAGGAAGAGAGAUGACAGUGCUUCUCUCCUUCCCAUGACGAGAGGGACUCUCUCUGUGUGGUGCCAUUUCUGGGGAGGAUGGAAGAGAUGCCUUGUUGUUGCCGCACACUCCUGGGCAGAUGCUUCUCCUUUUUUCUUGGACUCGCACACACAGCCUGUACACUUGUUUUUAGCCUCGCCGCCAUACAAGAUUUGUCUUUAUUAUGCCAUGCCCACCACACUCUGUUGCUGUUAGUUUGCUCCACUCAAAUUUAUUGAAAGGAGCACUUUUUUGCAUUUUUGAAGAAAGUAUAUAACUUUGUGUGGAGCAGCUGCUGUUCAGGUCUAUCGGGUGUAACGGCAUUACAUGCCUUGAACAACCUUCUCUAGGGUUGCAACCCUAAAACACUUAAGGACAUUUGUGCUCCUCCGUGUGUGUUGUUUCUGUCAGUGUUUUUUUUUGUUUUUUUAAUAACUCUGCUUUUUAAAGGAGUGCCAAAUGGAAAGGAUUCUGCAUGUGUGCUGCCUGCCAUCUACAAGGACUUUAGCCACAGGGUCAGCAUAGGUGGAAGCAUGGGUAUUGCCACAGUGCAACAAUGAGGCAUUGAUGGUGCACAUUUGUGUCAGAGCCUAUGGUUGUAUGCUAGUACAUUGCACCCACUGCUAGUUGGUUAAUCUGCCUGCCCUUGGCAAGCUCAAGUCAUGACCAGGGCAAACAAGUCCAUGCCUGUGGACUUGGCGACAGUCCAUUUGAAACCAGUCGCCAUGCUUUGCGCGUGCAUGUAGGUUGACGCACACCUGAAUGUGAGUUCCUUUUUUUUCCUUCUGUACUUUCGCUUUGUCCUUGUGUUGUUCACAAGUUCCCACCCAUCUGCGAGUUUGUGAGUUUAUAUUUCUUUUAAUUCCAGCAGGUUUUAUUUUGAACUCUUACCUAGUCAGCAUUUUGUACAUAGGCAAUAUGGCAGGUGGCAGUGUGUGUCAUUGCGAGUUCUGGAACAGCUGUGGGUCCAAUUCUGCGCUCCUUGGCAAGCACAACGCAACCAGUGGGAAUGUGUGUUGUGCAUAGAGGGGGAAACAACAGGGCAGGCUCUGUGAGAAGGCACACCUGCAGUGCCACCGUAGGCCUCAUAGCCACCACCUGGCAGCAGUAUUGUGGACACGCAGCUAUGGCUUUGUUUCAUUUUUGUGCCACUGCCUGCUAUUCUCAGCGUCUUGAAUGUGUGCGUGCAUGCAUGUCUUGGAUAUCGGGCAGACAAAAUAAAUCUUCAGAUGAAGGUGCAGGCUGCUGAAGUAUGACCAUGUUUUUCUUCUAUCUUCCCCCUCCCUUCUUUUUUUUCUCUUUUUUUUUCGAACUUUACGGGCACCUAUUUAGAAUCAAUUGCCAAUCAAUCGCUGUGUUCAUAAGAGCGAGAGUUUGAACAUCCGCUGUGUAACGCACAGUAUUGGUUUUACCAUUUUGGCAGAGUUGCUGUUCUUUUUUUUUUCUCGUUUUAGCAAUUGUACCAGCUGGCAGCCCUCUGACAUUUACAAUAAUGUAUUUAAGUAUUCCUGCUUUAGUUGGUCUUUUCCCUUUAAUCCUUUGAAAAAGCGUCUUGCAGAUGACUAAGACACAACUGUCCACCGUAUUUUAUGUGUAUAUAUCCAAUAAUCUCCUCCUCCUCUUCUUCUUCUUCCUGUGGCAACGCACAUUUUGAGAGGAGUCUUCAGGGUACAGACUCUUUCUUGUGGAUGUUUCAUACUCCAAGGCAGGGGCUGGGACAUAACUAUACUGCCAUGUUGGGACAUGAGUGAGUGUGGGAAAAACACUAGUCCUCCGAUUUGGUUGGACAUGUGUCGGUGCAGAUCCGUUUGCCACGUGGGUUGAGAGGCUUUCUUUAAGAAGCUUCGUUAACUGUCGCAAUCCCAGAGUGCUUGUGGUGCGACGUCGCAUCCUCACAGAGGGGACAAACCAAACAAUGGUGUCUUGCUUAUUCUCGCAGAUUCUUUCUGAGUGUGCGAAUGGGUGUACAGUCUUCAGCUACAACAGGUGUAGUGCGCUCCUCAAUGAGAGAGCAAUGCGCUCUCCCUCCCCUGGUCACUUUGCGCUCCCUCUUGGAACCCAGCCCCCUUCUCUACUUUUCUUCACAAUGCCUUGCUGCUGCUGUUGCCACAGCUGUUGCUGGAGGUAUGCGUGUGUAGGACUAUGAAAAAGACAACAGCAGCAGAAGUAGAAAAACAUGAAAAUGGGGGUGUAUGCUGAUGUUUUUUAUAAGCUUGCGCAUGCGCGCAUUGUGCGACUGCUGUGUAUGUGUGUGUCUGACAGGAAGAAAAAAAAAUAAAAUGUGCGAGUGAGCUUUUUGAAGCCUUGAGUGCAUGCAAGAGGUAAAAAAAAAAAUCUGUAUCUCAGUACGGUGUGUAUAUCAGGCCUAUCUUUAUAUAUAUAUAUAUAUAUAUAUAUAUAUAAAGUGAGGAAAACAAUGGCUAGUUAAUUAAAAGAGGACAGUCUGUAAAGGUGCGAUUAGUGUUUUAUAGAGGGAUGGAUAUGGUCCCCUUCUUGAGCCCCCUUUCCAGUGUCAUUCCCAAAGUGCUUUUUUCAUCCUUGGCCUUCCAUUCUCUUCACAGCCUGCCCCCACUUUCCUUUUUAUGUGCGUUUAAUCUUUCUACACCCUUACCUUUCUCCUCCAGUUACCCUGUGUUGUGUUGUUGCAGUUAAUGGUGGACUUCCUUCUCCCCCGAUGUGCAGUCCUCGCUUUUGGCUGGCUCAUUCCUCCACCCUUAAACACCACCUCUAUCCCUUUUCAGCGACCUAUUCGAUAAAACAAAAAAAAAAAACAUACUUGGUACCUGAUUCUUGUCACACAAGGCAGGAGGACAGAGUUUUUUUCAGAGCGCUGGACUUCGCUUUCAUACGUGCGUGGUGCAGGAGUUGAACUUGGUAGUUGUACUUUUCUCGAGGGCAUACCAAUGGCGUUCUGACGACUUCUGGGUGGGGGGCUAGGCUGGGAGGAGAAUAUUGUGCGUGCGCUCGGCCACUUGUCUCUGCGAUUUCUUCCUUUUCGCACUUCGCUUGACAUCGUCUCAUCACUGUACUCCUGUUUUCAGCCCUUGGUUUUCCUAUUCAUAGCUUACGCAAAAAAAAAAAAAAAUGUGGGCUAAGGGGGGGAGGCAAAUUGAAGCAUUUGCUGCUCGCAGCCUACUUUCUCUCUUUAUCUUUGCAAUCUAGAACAAAACUUAAUUAUUUCUUUUCAUUAUUAUUACUAUUAUUGCUCCUGUGUUUUGUACAGUAUUGUUCGGAGCAUCGUUUAUAGUUGAGAGGAACGCAUAUAUAUAUAUAUAUUAGUUUCGUAGGACACAUGCCUGUUGUGUUUUGACAGAGCAUUCCCCCCCCCCUGUCUGAUGCCUUGCCAAACUUAUUUUGGGGGUUCUUAUGAGUGCGGAAGCCAUGCUGGUGUUUUUUCAGCUGCUUUACGCUUGUUGCAAAGUAUGUGUUUUUUGCCUUGUUGUGUAGAGGCUGGAAGAGGCAACUUGUUUGUUUCUUGUCAAGCAUCUUUUUGUUUUUGUCAUGUUGAUUGUUGGCUCUUUUUUUUUUCCGUGCUGCACACACAUGAAGAGUUACGUUUGUUGAUUGUGUGACGCGCUGCGUGGCUGUACGGACUUUCAUUAUGAUGUAUAUGGCGCUUCCUCGGUGAUGAGAGAGACGUGCUGCACCCCCCUCCCCGGGAAAAAUGCAGUGCGUGUGACCAUUGUGCAGAAGAUAGCAGCACCAGACAGGACAGGAACAGACUCCCACCUAGUACGGGACAAGGUGUGCGUGUAUUGUGUGUGUGCAUGUAUAUAUUAUACAUACAUAUAUAUAAAUAUAUAUAAAAUAUGAGCUCUCGAGGAAAACAAAAUGCUUUGUCAGGCCGCUCAGACUGAGCUCUGAGACACACACACACACACACUUUGAGGACUUUACCUUUAUAUGGAUGUGUAAAUUUGUAAUAUUCAAAUUAAUGCAACCGUUGGGUAAAGUAUUGAAUAAAUUCUCUUAAAUUCUCGUUUGAAAA